CUCCGGUCGGUUUGAUAUGUUUGUGAUCGUGACUCAUUUUCCUGACCUUUCAUCUCUAAAAUCUGACUCUCGACUUCUUCUUUUGAUCUCACGGAGUCUCGAAAUCGUCCAAGAGCCCAAAUCGAGCUGUGUUUACUUCAAUUCCGCGCGUAACGAUUUCAUCGAAAAGAGAAGAUAAAGAUCCUAAAUCUGGUGUAGAGUAACACCAUUUCUAAGAGGUACCUUAACAUGGCAAACCCAUUACGGCUGUAUCUAGCAUGCAUAAAAAACACACUCGAGGCAGCCAUGUGCUUACAGAACUUUCCUUGCCAAGAAGUUGAAAGGCAUAAUAAACCAGAGGUUGAACUAAAGUAUGUAAGAUGCAUGACGAGCCCAGAACUUUUGCUAAAUCCUGUUUUGAUAUGCCUUAAUGAGGCUGAAAAGUGUUUAAUAGAAACAUCUAUAAAUUCACUCCGGAUAAGCCUCAAGGUCAAACAAGCGGAUGAACUUGAAAACAUACUAACCAAAAAGUUCCUUAGAUUUUUGUCCAUGAGGGCAGAAGCUUUUCAAGUACUGAGGAGGAAGCCAGUGCAGGGCUACGACAUUAGCUUCCUUAUAACAAACUACCACUGUGAAGAGAUGCAGAAACAGAAGCUAAUCGAUUUCAUUGUUCAGUUUAUGGAGGAUAUAGAGAAAGAAAUAACCGAGUUGAAGAUAUCAGUGAACACCAGAGGAAAACUCGUUGCUACAGAGUUUCUGAAACAGUUUAUGUAAAACACUUGAGGUAUUAUAAUGUAAGCCCUCAUUGUAUCUACUCAUUAUUUGGUUAAAUUCAUCUACAAUUGUAAUAAGUUUUUUCUUCUUCUUUUCUUCAUUUUGCUACUUCCUCUGUUCUUCUUACACAACCUACUCAUCGGCUUCGCGACUGUUGUGUAUGUAAUAGGAUCCUUGUAAAAUAUGGGCUGUGUUGAUGA